AUGCUCCCAUUUCUCGCCUCCUACAAGGGCAAGCGUUGCGACAGCCCCGCACCCUUCACCUCUCUCACCGACUUCAGACUACGACCCUUCAAGUUCGGCAGCACCAGUAACACUCCCAAUAGCGAAUGCGCGUAUUCUGCGCUCAGCUCAUCUACAGAGACCGCCGUUGUUGAUACACCUGCGCACUCGCCAGGUCGCGAUUCGGUGUCUUCCCUCGGCCGCUAUGAUGAGACAGGGUCGCCACCUGACUACUAUAAGAAGCCGUCGUACUACUCUGCCUUGUUUGACAAAACGCAUCGUCGCGUAAGGGGCGCUUCGCGCAGAUGCAAGAUCAAAAUACUCGCGCUUGCGGUGUUGCCAUGCCUCUACAUCUUCUGCUAUAUCACCUUCCGCCCACCUAGCUACAUCGUACUGCCGCCAGAAAAGUAUGUUGAAGUGCUGUUAGCAACUCUGACGCAGCACAUUCCAAGCCAGGCGUCACGUCAGGCGCUCAGCGACCACCUGAGAAGAAUCGAGCACCCAGACUCGAGCAGCAGCACAUCACUAGCUACGCAAACAAACAGCACACAACAGGCUUCGGCUUCAUACUCAAACCCAGAGUCCAUCGUACCCGCCACCAUUUGGUCCUCGGACGGUAAACCGGCUCCCAGCACAUGGUUUCACAAAUGGUCCCAGAUGGGCUUUGAACCCAGAUUCUUCGACGAUGCCGGCGCAGAGUCAUACGUCCAAACGCACUUUGGUAACACCUCGAUCCAGCAAAUGUGGGACUCGAUGCCGCGCUUCAUUCUCAAAGCGGAUCUCUUGCGCUACCUCCUCUUGCUGCAAGACGGUGGCACAUGGAGCGAUAUGGACACUGUCCCACUCAUGCACCGCACUAAUUGGACCAAGGAUACCGUUCCAUUGUCAUCCAUCCUCCCCGACGACGCACUCUUUGGUCGGGCUAAACUCGAGCCGGCAGAACGAGCUCAGGGAGAUGCAGCUUCUUCCGCGCGCGCUGAACCGGUAAGAGCGGUGAUUGGAAUCGAAAACGAUCCCAACGAGAACCACGAUCCACGCAAUUUCUUCGAGAGAUGGCGCUUGCUUCCUUUACGUCGGCACCGACCCCUGCAGUUUGUGCAGUGGACCCUGCAUUUUGCGCCCAACCAUCCGAUCAUUCUGGACGUGCUGCGACGAAUUCUGCAAGCUAGCCAAGUAUACCGAGCCUACCAAAUCGAGCAGCAGCGUGACGCACACAGCGAUGGUUGGGGUUGGAGUGAGAAAGGCACCAACAGCAAGAAGACGCAGGCUAAAGACGCGGAAGAGUACAUCACGCAUCCGUGGGACGGAACGUCGAUGGAAUGGAAGUGGCAAGCGGGUCAUUGGAGAUGGGGUUGGGACAUUUUGUCGGUCGAGGAGUGGACCGGUCCAGCCGUGUAUACGGAUGCCGUGGUGAGUUACCUCUAUGCAACUGCAGGAGUGCGACCGGAGGAUCUGUCCAUGCUGAAACAGCCAGUCCAGAUUAGAGACGUCGUCAUCGUGCCCAGUCUCGGAUUCAAUCCGACAGGCGCCAGACCGGAAGGCGUCAGUAGGCUUGUCCAUUUGUUCAGGGGUUCUUGGAAGCAGUGA